AUGCUUAAUUAUAUCAAAAUUCAAAGCUUAAUGACUUUAAUGAUGCUUUGUAUGUAUACAGAUUUCUUUUGGUUUGUUUCGUUUAAUUUAUUUUUUUGGGGUAUUUAUUAAUAUUUGUAUUUUUUGGUUCUUUAAUUCGAUCACGUGUUAAGACGUUGGCGAUGCUUGAGAAGAAGGAGAGGGUUCUUCAAAGGAAGGCCUCUGAAGAAAUGGAGAAGGCCAAAGAAUUCACAAGAACUAAGAACAAAAAAGCGGCUAUACAAUGCUUGAAAAGGAAGAAGUUGUUUGAGCAUCAAAUUGAGCAGCUUGGUAAUUUUCAGUUGCGCAUCCACGAUCAGAUGAUAAUGUUAGAAGGAGCAAAAGCGACUUCUCAAACGGUCGAGGCUCUCAAAACCGGUGCUGCUGAAAUGCGAUCUAUCCAGAGAACUUUGAAUGUGAAAAAUGUGGACAAGACGAUGGAGGAAAUAAAUGAACAGACGGAGAACACAAGGCUGAUGCAGGAAGCUCUGGGUGCUCCAUUUGGUGUUGCAUCUGACAUUGAUGAGGAUGAGUUGGAGGCAGAACUUGAAGAACUAGAAAGUGCUGGACUGGAGGAGGUGGAGGAGGAGAGGCUUCUUCAACCCGCGAAGAACGGCGCAACGAUUCGACUGCGUGUUUUACCGGCGGGCAAACCGUCAUCAUCGGCGACUUGUAAGCCAUUUGUGAAGGGGAAUCAUCAGAAUGACAAGGAUGAAGAAGAUGAUGAUGGAUUAGAAGAACUUGUUGAAUUGCAGAGAGCAAUGGCCCUUUAAACCUGCAUAUACAUACACAUACCCCCUUUCCUUUUGAGAGCUCGUUAAUUAGAUCCUACGGAGUACUUAAUUACAAACUAGUACAGAGUACUAAUCACUUUUAGUGCAGUAGUGAAGUGUAAGCCAAGCCAAGUUAAUUACUUGUGAUGAUUUCAUCACUCAAUUCAGUAUCCAAAAAGAAUUAAUACUCCCUCCGGUCCUAAAAACAUGAGAGUUAUUGGUUUUUAAGAGAUUUAAGAAAAGUGUAUUUUGGUA